AUGAAUGAAGUAUACGAAGACAGACGAAUGGGUUCUAUGAGGGCUGGUGAGCCACCUAGACAUCUUUACAAGGAAGCAGUGGAUGAAAGGAUUCCUGCCAAACCUUCUCGAGCGUCCAGUCUGGGCAGACAUGGUGGUCGUGACCCUCUGCAACCUCAUGUCAAGGACAACAUAUACAAUAAAACCUUGACCUGGCUGAGAAACUUCAAACCUUGGACCAAACAUGGAAGUCCAGUCACAGCCAAUGGGGAUAAGGACGCCAUGACUUAUAAUAACUGGGCGCCAGGUCGGAACAUUAGAUCGUCUAAAUCAGAUAGGAAUCUAGCUUAUCAUUUGAAACAUUGCUCCAUUGAUAAUGAGGAUUUAGCGACCAGGUUGGGUAGACAUUCUUCAGGGUAUCCUUCAUUUAUUAAAAGCCAACAUGUUCAGAACAGUUUUCAUGGAUCUCUUCAUUCUGGUCAAAAAAAUUCCGAGCAUUAUAUCGAGGGCUCAACAUACCAUCCUCGAGACACAUCUCUUGUCUCCAAUACGAGUAGUCAAAGCCUUCACAGAGAUAAUGGAUAUCGUUCUCAGGAAUCAACUUUCAUGGAUAUGUAUAGGAACAGUAAGUCUUCUCAAGAGAUCGUGUAUCCAAAGUCUAACUUUCAUCACCACGAGCCAGUAUUUCAUAAUCGCCAUCACCAACGGGCGUCUCAGCAGUAUCCUGAGAAUCAUUACCAGUGUUCUCAGGAUUAUCACUGUUCUCAUAAAUCUAUGAAAACAAAAGGUAACAAACCACAGCAAGAUAUAGAUGGAUUUCUAGUGCGCUCCCAGUCAUCCAACGGACUCCACUCAAUGAUCUCACGGGACGGCUUGACUGCACGCGACCAUCCCAAAUUCCAGGAGUAUCUGUCAUCCAUGAACCACUGUGACUCAUUAGAAGUCCAGAACCAACCAUCCAUGACCAACACUCAAGCAGCAGCCGCGGUCUCGGGGUCUACUGUGACUCGGAUUCUCCGAGAGAAACUCUUUGGCCGAGCAAAGAGCUCCAUAAGCAUCACUCUGGAGAAUGGGACGAAACUAGAAAAGCAACAGCAGCUAGCAUCUCGAGGCAUCACCAAUUCUUUCUCGGCGCACGCAGUUGGAGCUGGGGAGACUGGUGGGGUCAAGCUCAGGUCUAAGAAGUGCAAGACGAGCUCAUCAGAUCACUGCUAUGUUGUCAAUAGAGAGGAGAAGAUGUCGCGGCCUCGAUCGUGUGCAACAUUGCCCCACUAUGUCAAACUUGGUGUCGUGCACGAGAAUCCCCGUGUGGUUGUUGAUGCUGUUGACCACGAGGAGGUGAGACUGGCACCCGAUGGACAUGGCGAUGUCUCACCUGUUACAGUCAGACUCCGCAACAAGCAGAGGCGGCUCAGUGAGGAGGUCACCAAACGAUUGUCUCUGCCAGCAGACAUCAGACUGCCGGAAAAUUUCCUUGCUCGACAGACACUCUCACUCAGCCCUGAUGGCCAACUCACCAGACGGUCCCGGCGGAAGUCUUUGGUUAGUGUUGAUGUUGUGUCCAACUCCCUCAGUUAUGCUUCAGUUCUCAUGUUUAAAUGGGGUCUCCAUCACGAUUUCAUUCACACAUUCUACUGUAGGUCACUUUGUAAACAAAGGGGUUCCCUAGUAAAACUGUGCUAUACAAUUGACAAAGGUUUUUAG